CUCAACAACACGCAAUUAAACCUCCAAAUCCAAUUCAUAUCAAAAUUGCUGUGUUUCCUCUCCUCUAACCCCCUCCAAAGUAUUUGAUACCAAUUUCCACCUUUAAUUGAUUUAGCUUUCGCUGGAUAUUCCCAAUUUUAAUUUUAUGGUCGUAUAUAUAUUUUAUAUAGUUUCGCCGCUAAAUUAAUAUUUUUUAUUUUUAUGCCGAAGAAUAGGUAGCUUUCUAAAUCUCGAGCGGAGGGCUGCUUCGGCUUGCAUUCAAUGGAGGGCGAUGGCUAUCUGAAACCUAAGAUUGAAGCUCAUCAUGAAACUGAGACUUUAGCAUCUAAGGUUUCUGAUUUAUCUCUAUCACAGGACACUGAGAGCCCCAAUUUUGAGUCUCAGCCGCAUGAUGGAGGACUUGAAGAUCAUGGAGAGCAGAAGCAUAAUGAUUUGGUAGUAGCUGGUAGUCUGGAUAACCAAGCGAUGGGUGAGUCAAGGAAAAGUGAAUCUUUGUCCCUAGGCUGCAGGGAGGAGGAUGGUGGGAAGAAGUCAGGGACUUGCCAGGGAGAUCGGAGAAAAUACUUCUAUUAUGACGCUCCACUUUCUGAGGAAACUGGGGUUUGGAUACCUGUUUCUGUUCCUCCUAUGCUGGAAACUGAGCGCAAAGAGUGGGACAAAGGUUUCCAAUUAAAUGGGGGUUUCUUCCCUGAAGGUGACAUGGGUUGGAACCAGUACAUUGGUGAAGAGAAGGAGUUGACCAUGUGGGAUGUGAUGGUGGAAAUGUUGCUUGCAGCCCGUGGAAAAGUGAGCUCUUUGGCUUCUGUUGAUUUACAUGGAUAUAACUUUUCGUUUAUAUCAAACGACUUACUUGAGCAAGCUUGGAAAGAAAUGGCCCAGACACUCACCGAAGUGAAUUUUGCCAAUGUGAUGGAAAUUCUUGAAGCUGAACCACCAAAAUGGUUGGCUGAUAGUGCUGCAUCUGCUUGCAUGUUGUGUGGUGUGCGGUUUCAUCCGAUAAUGUGCUCUAGACAUCAUUGCCGGUAUUGUGGGGGAAUUUUUUGUGGCGAGUGCUCAAAAGGAAGGAGUUUACUACCAGUAAAGUUCCAUGUGGCUGAUCCUCAACGAGUUUGUGAUGUAUGCUGUGUGCGGCUUGAGUCUGUCCAGCCAUAUUUAAUGGACCAAGUAAGUAAUGCUGCACAGCUGCCUACACAUGAUCUUACAGACCUUAGUACGUUGAGGUCUUGGGUUAAUAUCCCUUGGGGACAGUCCAUGGAAUAUGAGAUAUACAAGGCAGCAAAUGCAAUUCGAUCCUAUAAUCAGAUAUGUUCCUCAAAGCCAGAGAAGUCAAUUCCAGAUGCCAUUUUACGACAAGCAAAAGGUCUUGCUAUAAUUACAGCUGUGAAAGUUGGAGUUAUGGUUACCUACAAUAUAGGUACAGGGAUUGUAAUUGCUCGAAGAGAAGACGGCUCAUGGUCUCCACCUUCAGCUGUUUCUACAUGCGGUGUGGGUUGGGGAGCUCAGGCUGGGGGUGAGUUGACCGACUUUAUUAUAAUUCUGAGAACAAGUGAAGCUGUUAAGACAUUUAGUGGUAACGUGCAUCUUUCAGUAGGAGCUGGCUUGAGUGCUGCAGUUGGCAUUGUUGGAAGAGCAGUGGAAGCUGAUAUUCGAGCUGGAGAUGGUGGUUAUGCUGCUUGUUAUACUUAUAGCCGCAGUAAAGGUGCAUUUGUUGGAUGUUCACUUGAAGGAAGUAUUGUUACCACCCGGAUGAAAAUGAAUAGUCGAUUCUAUGGCAGUCAAUCAUUAAAUGCAACUGAUAUACUUCUUGGGUCAUUGCCUAAGCCUCCUGCUGCUGCUGUUCUCUAUCGUGCUCUUGGAGAUCUUUAUCAGAAGAUUGAGGGAUGAUGAUUCAUUGGAGUAUAUCGUUCAUUGUCUUUGGCAGACAAUAUACAACAGGGAAAAAAAAAAAAAAUCCCAAGAACUGUGAAUUAUUUGUGCAUAUACCAUGAAGAAUUCAAAUUGUGUAAAGGUUCCUAGCUGUCAAUUCUUUGCGCCAGUAACACUUUGUGGGAUUAGCAUGUAGAGACAGGGCAUGUGCUGCUGCUGAGAAAGGGUUUGGGUGUGGGAGAGGUUAGCGAAGGCAAUGUAUAUAGGGUCUCUAAUGGUGCCAAGACCAAUCAUGACUUCUCAGGCUGUCUCUGCAUAAUAAUUCCAAUUAUUGAACAAAUCAAAUUCACUAUAAGAGAAAGUUGAUAUCCUA